CUUACCAACCCUCAUUUCACUAUUUAUAAAAAAGUUGUUCCAUCACCCAAAUGGAAUCAGUUGAAAACCCAAGUUUGAAAUUGGAUAUACAUCCCACCAAAUGUCUGCUGCUGCUGCUACUUCUUCAUCAAGAAUUGGUUCAAGAGCCAUUAUUCCUGGAAUCCAGUCUGAUUCACUCAACUCCAAAUCAAUCUCUUUCUCUUCUAACCUCCAAAGUCUCUCUCUCAAAUCUUCAGGGCCAAAGAGGCAGCUAUACUCACAUGGAAAAGGUUCAGUUGUCAUAACACAGAGCAUGGACAGAGUUGAGGUUGAUAUCUCGCUCAGCCCCAGGGUAAAUGCAGUAAAGCCUUCAAAAACGGUUGCUAUAACUGAUCAGGCUACUGCUCUUGUGCAAGCUGGUGUACCUGUUAUUAGAUUAGCAGCUGGUGAACCUGAUUUUGACACUCCCACCGCAAUAGCAGAGGCUGGGAUAAAUGCAAUUCGUGAAGGUCAUACUAGGUAUACACCAAAUGCAGGUACAAUGGAACUUCGGUCGGCUAUUUGUCAUAAAUUAAAAGAGGAGAACGGGCUAUCAUACACGCCUGAUCAGAUUUUGGUAAGCAAUGGGGCAAAACAAAGUAUUGUUCAGGCAGUGCUUGCAGUUUGUUCCCCAGGGGAUGAGGUUCUUAUUCCGGCUCCCUAUUGGGUGAGUUAUCCUGAAAUGGCAAGGAUGGCAGAUGCAACGCCUGUGAUUCUUCCAACAAGCAUAUCUGAAGAUUUUCUCUUAGAUCCAAAGCUUCUUGAAUCUAAACUGACUGAAAAGUCAAGACUUCUGAUUCUUUGUUCUCCGUCCAACCCAACAGGGUCUGUUUACCCUCGAAAAUUGCUUGAGGAGAUUGCUCAGAUUGUGGCUAGGCAUCCGAGGCUUCUUGUGAUAUCAGAUGAAAUUUACGAACACAUUAUUUAUGCACCUGCAACUCAUACUAGCUUUGCAUCUUUGCCUGGUAUGUGGGAUAGGACUCUCACUGUAAAUGGCUUCUCUAAGGCAUUUGCAAUGACUGGUUGGAGACUUGGCUAUAUUGCUGGUCCUAAACAUUUUGUUUCUGCAUGUAAUAAGAUCCAGAGCCAGUUCACAUCAGGUGCAAGUAGCAUCUCCCAAAAAGCAGCUGUGGCUGCUUUGGGACUGGGCUUUGCUGGUGGAGAAGCAGUUGCAACUAUGGUAAAAGCAUUUCGUGAACGGCGAGAUUUCCUUGUCAGCAGCUUUGGGGAAAUAGAUGAUGUCAAAAUUUCAGAGCCUCGGGGAGCAUUUUAUCUAUUUAUUGAUUUAAGCUCUUAUUAUGGAGUAGAGGUUGAUGGAUUUGGCACCGUCGACAACUCAGAAUCUCUUUGCCGAUAUUUGCUGGAUAAAGCUCAAGUUGCGCUAGUCCCCGGGGAUGCAUUUGGGGAUGACACAUGUAUCCGUAUCUCCUAUGCAGCAUCGCUCUCGACCUUGCAGGCAGCUGUGGAGAGAAUCAAGAAAGCAUUGGUUACUCUCAAACCUCCUGUCCCAGUUUAAAACAUGCAUCAAUAAUGCUUUUGCUGAUUGGGAUGCUGCUACAGCCCACAGCCAAAGGUCGUAACUAGUUUGUAGUCUGACCCCCUCCAUCUUCUCUCACUAUAUGUAUUCUUGAGUGCAUUACCGAUUAUUAUUUCUCCCGGAUUUUGAGAAAAUUCCUGUAGACUGAAGUUGUUAAUUUGUGUGUAAUUUUUUUGUUGAUGACUGAAAAUGAAAAUAAUGGAGUGUGGCGUUUAUGUCCAAAA